CCACGUCCUCAGUCCUCGCUCUAAACUCCACAGUCUGCGGUCGUUGUACAGUGCACAUACCUCAAAUAUUAUUAUCGUGUAUAUUAUAAAUUACAUAGUUAGGUAUAUAUAUCAUAGUUAUAUACAUAACCUAUAUAUAUAUAUAUAUGUACACUAUAACGGAAACGAACAUAACCGUAAUCCAACUUGGUGAUUAUUAUUGUUGUUGAUCUUGUUUCACCACUUAUGUCAUUGUGGUUACUGGUUUGAGGCGUGAACGUCCGUGAUUUUACAGUUUUAUAGUUUGUGAACACUAAACACUCGAAGACUUAAAGUAUUUCCUAUUUCCGAAAUUUAUUUGUUACUAAAAAAUAAUAAAAAAAAUCCUUAAAAAUGUCGAAAAAUAAGAGACAACAAAGUGCUCUUCCAACUCAAUUGGUUAAAAUAUUCAGUUAUGUGGAUGAAAACGAAAAGAAAUUUGUGGAAACGUUGUCACAAGUAGUUUCAAUUAAAUCUGUAUCGGCAGAUCCGGAUUUAAGACCUGAAGUUGUUAGGAUGAUCAAAUGGGCUGAAGUAAAAUUACAAGCGCUUGGAGCAACUACUGAACUUUGUGACAUUGGUGAACAGGUAUUAAGUGGCAAAACUGUACCUCUACCCCCCGUUUUAAUUGGUUCACUAGGUAAUGAUCCCAAAAAGAACACCAUUUGUUUAUAUGGCCAUUUAGAUGUGCAACCAGCCGACAUAUCUGAUGGAUGGGAUAGUGAACCAUUUAUCUUAACUGAAAGGAACAAUAAAUUAUAUGGAAGAGGUUCUACCGAUGAUAAAGGUCCAGUCCUUGGAUGGCUUCAUGCUAUUGAAGCAUACCAAAAUACUGGAACUGACUUGCCUGUUAAUCUUAAAUUUGUUUUUGAAGGAAUGGAAGAAUCUGGUAGCAUAGGUUUAGACGAGUUACUUAUUAAGAAGAAAAAUACAUUUUUUAAUGAUGUAGACUUUGUUUGUAUUUCUGAUAGUUAUUGGCUGGGUACAGAAAAACCUUGUUUAACUUAUGGACUCCGUGGUAUGUGUUGUUUUGGUAUAGAAAUUGAAGGUUCGAGUAAAGAUUUACACAGUGGCAUGUAUGGUGGGACUGUAUACGAAGCCAUGUCUGAUUUAAUUUAUGUUCUCGACCAAUUAGUUGAUGUAAAAGGCAAUAUUUUAAUUCCUAAUAUUAAUGAAGAUGUCGAACCUUUAUAUGAAAAUGAAAAAGGGUUAUAUGAUGAAAUAGAAUUUGAUGUUGACACAUACAUUAAUGAGAUUGGUGCAUCCAAACCAUUGCAAGAAACAAAAGAACAAUUAUUGAUGAGUAAUUGGAGGUAUCCAAGUUUAUCAAUUCAUGGAAUUGAAGGAGCAUUCUCAGGUCCAGGAUUUAAAACUGUUAUUCCUCGUAAAGUAAUUGGAAAAUUCUCUAUCCGAUUGGUACCUAAUCAAGAACCACUAAAAAUUGCUGAAAUAGUGAAAAGUUACAUUCAAAGUGUUUGGGAGAAGCGUCAAAGUCCUAAUAAAUUACAAAUUGUAACUGAAGGAGAUGGUGGUAAUCCUUGGAGGACAGAUCCAUUUAAUCCUCAUUAUAUAGCAGCUCAUAGAGCUACACAGUGUGUAUAUAAUAUUGAACCAGAUUACACAAGAGGUGGUGGAUCAAUCCCUGUCACACUGACUUUACAGGAAGUAACUGGUAAAAAUGUUCUACUUUUGCCGAUGGGUUCUGGAGACGAUGGAGCUCAUUCUCAAAAUGAGAAAAUUGAAUUGCGAAACUACAUUGAAGGAACUAAAUUGAUGGCUGCUUAUUUUUACGAAGUAUCAAAAAUGUAUAAUGCCAAAUUUUAAUAUAUAAAUUUAUAAUAUUGUUAUACUUUAAGCACAUUUUAGUGCAUGAAAUAAUGGUUCCACCAAAUUUUAAAUUAAUAUUAUCAUGACAUUUUUCAAUUUUUGUAUAUCAAAAUGAUUGUUCUGUGGUGCUCAUUUUUAUAAAAACUACUUUUAUUUGUAUAACAAAAUAAUCAGAAAUAAAUAAAAACAUUUUGUUUUGAACCAA